CCAUCACUACUGUAAAAAUAAACUUUACACAGGUAGAAGUGUUCCCGUUUGCCUAUCUGAAUAAACUUAAUCUUUGGGGUCUUACCAAUGGCCACAUGUUGCUCACCCAGUUGCAUACGACUUCGAAAUUCUGGGGUGAAGCGCCUAAGUCAGCAGUACGCGCGGCCCUUUAUUAUAAGCUUUAUUUUGGCCGCCCCAUUCUCCCCAUCUUCUAAGGGUACUAAGUACUAAGACCUUUCAGACCAGUUCUACUUCUAACCAUGUCGGAUGUGGACUCGGACGGCGAGGCGCCUGGCCAGGAAACGGGCUCCGGCACCAGUGCACUGGAUGAGUUCCGGGAAAACUGGCAGCGGGAGCUUCAAGGUCACAUGAAUAGUGCAGCCCGGAGUCGUUCUGAAGCCGGGGAUCCCCUUACGGCGGCCAAUUCCAACCUCAGCGAAGCGGAUCUGCUGCGCAAGGCGGAGAGCCUCUAUAGGACCGCCGUGCUGUUGGAGCAGCGUGGCAAGGUCUACGACGCAUUACCCUACUACCGGAAGGCCACGCAGAUCGUUCCGGACAUCGAGUUCCGGUUCUACGAGCAGCAGAAGCUCAGCGGCGAUGCCAGCAAGAAGUACCACAACUUGGCCAGCGAUCUGGAACAACUGGAUCUGGGUCAGCCGGACGCCUCGGAGGGCGGCGAAGAGGUCGUCGACAACCUUUAUGAGAAGUUCCAGCAGGACUUGAGGCAGGAUAACAUCUACAAUGGCAAGAUGAUCGCGUCCAGCCGCGAUGCCGGUGUCCUGACCACUGGCCUUCACUUUGCCGACCUACCGCCCGAGAUUGUGAUGCGCAUCCUCCGCUGGGUGGUCUCCGCUCAACUGGACAUGCGAUCGCUGGAACAGUGUGCCGCUGUGUCCAAGGGUUUCUAUGUCUACGCCCGGGAUGAGGAGCUAUGGAGGCUAGCCUGUGUCAAAGUAUGGGGCCACAACGUUGGAACCUUAGAGGCCCAGGACUCGGACAUCAGCAACGUCUAUUACUCCUGGCGCGACAUGUUCAUCCGCCGGGAGCGAGUACUCUUCAAUGGCUGCUAUAUCAGCAAGACCACGUACCUGCGAAUGGGCGAGAACAGCUUUCAGGAUCAGUUCUACCGGCCUGUGCAGUUGGUGGAGUACUAUCGUUACAUUCGAUUCAUGCCCGAUGGCAAGGUGCUGAUGAUGACAAGCGCCGAUGAGCCGGCGCAGGGUGUCUCCAAGCUGAAACUGCACAAUCUAAGGCCGGAAAUGCUACGGGGUCGCUAUCGGCUCUUUGGCAGCACAGUCACUCUAGUGCUGCAGAAGUCGCAAUCUCGGCCGGGUCACAUGCGACAAAGACGCGGCAGUAUCAUGCCAGUGGAGGAGGACUCCUCGCAGUUCCUGAUCGAGCUGCGCAUCACAGCAUCCAAGCGCCGUUGCGCCCAGUUGGUGUGGUCACACUACACGCUCGUGCAACGCAACAAGGUGGACACCAGCUCCGAGUUUGACCUGACGGAGGCCAGAUAUCCGCCGCUGAGAUUCUCAACCGUUAAGAGCUACCACCUGGAUGCCGAUGCACCUUUAGCCUAAGUUAGAUAAGCUUCCUGCAAAGGGGAAAUAAAACACUACGAUUUGAAACCCUGUUAGAGGGGGAGUGGAAA